UGCUUUCACGCGCCUCUCUCUUUGCCUCAGCCUUGUCUUCAGCUGCGGCAAGCUUGGCUUCGCGCUGUUUGACCUGCACAAACCAUGAAUUGGAUCGACCCCGUACCGGCACUUUCGGCUCGACGUCUUCAGUAUGUUCAACAGAAGCUUUGCUGCCUUUGAAACUGCCUUGUCGUUGACUCAUUGGUCUACCAGGCACGACGUUCAUGCCGUUGGGGCUCAAAAUAUGCUCCGCGACAACCAAGAACUAGUCAAGUUGGACAACGCUUCGAGGAGCUCUGGAAUGGUAAUACGACUAAAGCGCUGUUGGAAUUGUAGACUCGCGUCCCUGAGAAGGCCUAUUCGCGAAGUCUACGCUUGGUGGAGGUUGCAGUCGAAGAAGUUGGUCUGCCCCGCAGUCACCGGAUGGCUGUUCGCAAUCAAUCAAAAAUCACCGAGAAUUAGUCCUCAGCAGAAUGGGUUUGAGAUGGGCAGCAUUGGACAUGUUCGUCUACGGCUCAUAAAUGUCUCUACGAGGCUAUUAGCCGUUUACAGGGGUCAAAGCCUACCAAAGCUCUUGAUUGGUUUCAGGUCUUUCUCGGCUGGCUGGACGACAAUACACAGGCUAGAUUGACGCUGUAGCUGUCUUUGAAAAAUGGUCGCCACGGCGCAUCGACGCAAGCACAGCGCGGUGGCGAGAGCCCUACCCGCGACUGACGCCAG